AUCUACGUGGCUUUACCGAAAGACCCAAAGAAUAUAAAUUCCUGCUGUCACGAAAGCUUAAAGUCAAGAUUUAAAGGCAGUUUAUAACAAUAAUUGGUAGAAAUACAACAUUAUUACUCAUUUAUCUCCCCACAAUUUGGAUAUUUUCCUUUAAAAAAAAAUAGCAGAAGCCUUGUUUUUCACCAUCGCAUGAAUUGGCUCUCAGAUAUGGAGCUAUUGGGACGAGUUUUUAUUUUGUCGAUUUAAUUUAAAACAUUAUUUGUUUUUCCCUUCCAUGAUUAUCAAUCAUGCAUAACCCAGCUUCACAAUUAGCCUUGGAAGGGUUAAGCGAGUUUUUGUCGGUGGGCAGCUCGCGGGCCCGCUUUCUGCUCGGGCAUCUGCCGUGCCUCGCUGAUGAUGGUGGCGGUGGCGCCGGGGGUGGGCGUUGCUUUUGCAUACAUUAAACACGUCUAAAAGAGUGGUUAAUUUAAUUCGGCGUGAUUUGCAUGCUUGCGCGGCCAUGCUGACCCUUGAGACAGAGCCGGGAGACGUGCGCUGCCCUCGCAGCAGCAGCAGCAGCAGCGGCGUCUGCAGCCAAGGCGCGCGCUGCUACGCCGUGGCUCUGUUGUGUGCUCUCUCACUUUCGACUCGCUCGCGGGCUGAAAUAUUUCUCACCGCGGCGUCCCUUUCCCAGUCCCUUUGGACAUGGAAGCAGAAAACGGCAUGGCUGGAAAAGAAGGCAUGAGUGAGAAUGGGCAGGGUGAUCCUUCAGGACCGAAGGUGAAUGGAGUGGACUAUCACAUCAUCCCCGCCCAUGAUGGUCUCCCUCUAAGCAUGCUGGGACAGGUGAGCAGGGAACUCUGGGUUAAGGCCGAAGCUAGUCUGGCCCAGGCACCUGCACAAAUGUCUCAGGUUACCAGCCAGCCCUCCAUCACCAUGGCAGCUCUUCCACAGGCACAGCUGCUGUUUGCAGGCGGCCAGAUCGCUGGGUUGACGCUGGCUGGUGUACAGCAGCACCUGCUGAUACAGCAGGCGCAGGCUCAGCUCAUCACUUCAGCCACACAGCAACAGCAACAACAGCAGCAGCAGCAACAGGCUACAACAGCUGGGCAGACAACUGCCCACUUCACCAUAAACCAGUCCACAGGACAGAUUUCACUAAGUCAACUGCAGGGACAGAUAUCCCUGGCUCAGCCUAUACAAAUUGCAACGCAGGACCUCCAGACUGGGCUGCCUCUUCACCAGCUCUUUCUAGUGCAGCCCGCCACUGGGCUAGCCACCGGGCUGCAGCAGGCUCAAGUCAUCCUGCCUCAGGCGGGCCACACCAGGCCAGGACUCGCGCAAGCACAGAACGUCCUGCAGCAGUUGCCUCAAGCGACGCAGCGAAGCGUCGCAGCUCCGUUUACCCUGCCCAGCAGAGCGACGGUGCCCGUUGGCGACGUGGCCGCGGGCACGGGCGUCGGCACGGGUGGCUCUGGCGGCGCCGCCAGCCCAGGCAUCCAGCCCGAGGACCCCAGAGACCUGGAGGAGCUGGAGGUGUUUGCAAAAAUGUUCAAGCAGCGGCGCAUCAAGCUGGGCUUCACACAGGGAGAUGUGGGCCUGGCGAUGGGCAAGCUGUAUGGCAAUGACUUCAGUCAGACGACCAUCUCCCGUUUCGAGGCACUCAACCUUAGCUUCAAGAACAUGUGCAAGCUCAAGCCCCUGCUGGAGAAGUGGCUCAAUGACACAGAGCACAUUCCGGCUGACUCCUCACCCGGAAAUCAGAACGCGUCCCCCUCGGGCUUGGAGGGCUUGGGGCGGCGGCGAAAGAAGCGUACGAGCAUUGACACGCACGUGCGCGUGGCUCUGGAGAAGAGCUUCCUGGAGCAGAACUGCAAACCGACAUCGGAGGAGUUGAGCAUGAUAGCGGAGCAGCUGCACAUGGAGAAGGAGGUGGUGCGGGUGUGGUUCUGUAACCGCCGACAGAAGGAGAAACGCAUUAACCCACCUGCCAAUACCCUGGUAGAAAGCACCAACUCUAACGCGGUCGUGAGCUUCAACGCCGCAAUGAUGCCCCACUCAGGCUCGUCGCUGGGCAGCAGCAGCAGCGCAUUGGUCACCACGGCGGCGCUGCCCUCCACACCCAUCCCUGCCACCGGCUGCGAGAUGCUGACGUCUCCACGGCAGCACUCGCUCUCCAGCGGGCAGAUGGCGCAGCUGGCGGGGGGCACUGUCGUCAGCUUCACGCCGGCGCCACUGGCAUCGUCCUCGGCCCCCACCUUUGCCACCAUCCAGACGCUGCAGAGUGGGGGGACCCUGAUUGACGGGAGCCUCCUGAUCGGCAGCUCGGCGGGUGCCGCGGGCUCCACCCCGCUGUUCAUCAGCGCUGCGGGGAUCCCACUCGUCAGCACCGUGGUCACCACGCCCGCCGGCACCAGCGCGACCUCCGAGGCCACGGCGCGCGUGCAGUAGCCGCCGCGGUGACGCGCGUGGCCACUGCCUCACCCUCAACGGCCGCAGCCGGGCCUCGCCAGCGCCACGCUGGCUGCCGACCGGGCCGUGGCGAUAGAUGUUGAGGAUGCGACUUCUGUGUAAUGCGAACGAUGUCAACAAACAACAUCGGUGGGAGACUCGAGGAGAAACGGCGGUCGUCGUUGCUGACGGUGGAAACUUGUGUUUGUUUCCCUUACUUCGUCACCACGGCAUUUGCUUUGUCCACCCCAUCAUUGCCACAGCCUCUGCAAAAAACCGACUGCCGAACUACUGCCACCACAGUAGCCGGGCGAGUGCAGCCCACCAUGAGACUUGAUGUGAGGGGCGGAGGGACUUCAGCUGCUGCUGCUGCACCAAUCUCGGGACUGUAAACACGGCAGCCGUUGGCCAAUUAUUAACAGGUGGUGGAUCAGGCUGUCGCUCAAAACGCACCGCCAGAGUGCCAGCGGCACGCGCGCCAGCCAGCCAACCGCCCUCAUAAGCAUCGCAAGCCCACAUGGCAGUCACACCCUCCGCCCAUGGGAACCGCAGGGCAGUGCUGACCCCAGCAUAACCGUGCUUCUCGCGUUAACGCCGCCGCUACUUACGUUCGUUUUCAGAAAUAUCUGUGGCAAUGCCAUGGUGCGGUGCAAGGGGCCGCGAGUGCGCUGUUAAGGUUUUGGGCAGAGCAUCGUGAAGUGGAGAGGCCAUUUUUCUCCACCCCAACAAGAUGAGCGGUUGCUCUGGGCCCGAGUGUGGAUUCUCUCCAACACACCGGUGCCCUCAAGUUGUUCAUCCGCCAGUGUGCACUUCUACUGAAGUGAUAAAGAGAUCAACUGUAUCAGAGUGUAUUCGGAUGAAGCCCUAUG